AUGACUGAAGAGAAGAAGUUCGAUAGUAAGAAGCCAACAAAGAAAGGUGAGGCCAUGCCUACAUUUGUUAAUGUCAAUAAGAAGAAAGAAAAUGGAACAGGAAAGGAAGUCCCUAAAAAUGGGAAAGAAACUUUCAGAAAUCCCUCUUUAAAAGAAAGAAAAGAA